GAGGUGAGAAUUAGAGACUAUUUUAGAGAAUAUUGUGUUUUUUUAAGAUUUUUAAGCAGAUGUUUAGAGUAGAUGUGGUUCAUUUCAUGUCUUGCACCACUGUGAGUGUAGUAGGUUAGGUGGUUAACUACCGUUACCUAGCGCUACUAAAUAGCUACGUUAUAAACUCGCCAUGUUUUUGAGAAGUAACGAGACAAUAGUUUAUUAUUCUGCCAGACUCGCAGUCAUGCUCAGGCUUCAGAAGAGGCUGGCGUCCAGCGUCUUGCACUGUGGCAAAAAGAAAAUAUGGCUGGAUCCAAAUGAAACCAAUGAAAUUGCCAAUGCCAACUCUCGACAGCAGAUUCGUAAACUGGUGAAGGAUGGGUUGAUCAUUAAGAAGCCUGUAACAGUUCACUCCCGUGCCCGCUGUCGCAAGAACAUGCUGGCACGGAGGAAGGGUCGUCACAUGGGGCUCGGUAAGAGGAAGGGAACAGCGAAUGCCCGUAUGCCAGUGAAGCUAUGCUGGAUGAGACGGAUGCGGAUUCUGCGCAGACUGCUUAGACGCUACAGAGAGGGCAAGAAGAUAGAUAAGCACAUGUACCACAAUCUGUAUCUAAAGGCAAAGGGAAACGUGUUUAAGAACAAGCGCAUCUUGAUUGAACAUAUUCACAGGCUCAAAGCAGACAAAGCUCGCAAGAAACUGCUGGCUGACCAAGCGGAGGCUCGUCGCUCAAAGACGAGAGAGGCUCGUAAACGCAGAGAGGAAAGACUGCAGGCCAAGAAAGAAGAAAUCAGGAACCUGACCAAAGAAGAGGAGACUAAGAAAUAGACAAUCUGUCUAUCUGAGUGUUAGCAUGUGUUAGAAAUGUACAUGAUUCUUUAUGAAUAAAAUACAGGAUGUAUUUAAUUAAGAUAUAAUAUAUAUGCGUUAUUAAUCUAGCUCUGAAACUAUAUGCUGACUCAUUUUAAUCCAUUCAGUUUAAUUUUUAAAUUAAUUAAAAUGUUAUUAUUUACUACAAAAUUAAGACGACACAUGAAAAAUAGAAAAAUGAUAGUGGAAAACCACUGCUUUAAAGGGCUGUACAGUCAGACAGCCUGGAAAUGGUGGUUAGAAAUGUACAUGAUACAUUAUGAUUAAAACUCAGGAUGUAUACAAUGAAUAUAUAAUAUAUAAUGUGUUAUUGAUCUAGCUCUGAAACUCUAUGCUCUCAUUUUAAUCCAUUCAUUUCAAUUUAAAUACAUUUAAAAUGGUAUUAUUUACUCUAUAAAAAGCAAGAUGACAUGAAAAAUUGAUAGUGGAAAACCAUUUCUUUGAGGAAAUGUACGGUCAGACAGACAGAAAAUUGAAUCUUUUGAGAUAUCUCUUGUCAGUGAAUAUGUGAACAUUGUUUUUUUGCCACUUUUUGUGCAGCAUUGUAAUGGAAAUAUUUGCGGUUCAACAUAUUUGCAGAAUUUAUGUGUCAGCAGAAUAAAAGUUAUCUACUAUAAAUUGUA